CGUAGCUGAGGACACGCUCGUGACAUAGCGGUGUGAGAUCUCUGCUUCUGAGAGACUCCUCCUCGAUUGUACUCGAAGCAGCCGUGCGUAAUAAUUAAAUUGCGCGCAAGGUCUCCAGUUCUACCAGUAUGGAAGGGGGGACCCUUUCGGACCUGUGCAGCCCCGCUUUGGUGGUGGACGUGGACAAAGUGAAGAGGAACGCGCAGAGGAUGAUGGAGCGCUGCCAUCGGCUGGGAGUCCAACUUCGGCCCCACAUGAAGACCCACAAAACCCUUGAGUGUGCUGACAUCAUGACAGGUGGAUCCCGGAGGUGCAUUGUGGUUUCCACCCUGGCAGAGGCCACUUUCUAUGCUGACCAUGGCUUUGAUGACAUCCUCUAUGCCUACUCUCUUCCCUUUGACAAGGUAGAGCGCUGUGCCGCUCUGUCAGAGAGAUUGGACCUUUUCCAAGUUCUGCUCGACCAUCCCGACGCUCUGGAGCGGCUCAGGAAGAGGCCACUGAAAGGCGGCCGGCGGUGGCACGUGUGGCUAAAGCUCGACUGUGGCAACGGGAGAGCUGGCGUCCUGCACUCGGAGCCCCAGGCGCUCCGACUGGCCCGGGCCAUCGCGGAGGCGGACGGCGUGGAGCUGACUGGGGUGUACGCCCACUGUGGGAACACGUACAGCUGCAAAGGGGUGGAGCAGAUACAGGCUGUUGCCCAGGAAACCACCAGCUUGACGCUGCAGUUCAUGGAAAAACUGAAGGCUGUUGGCAUCAGCUGCAAGUCCAGCAUCGGCUCCACCCCGUCCUGCAGUCAUCCCGUCCCGGACAUGGAAAAACUGAGCGAGGUGCAUCCCGGAAACUACGUCUUCUACGACGCCCAGCAGUCUAUGAUUGGCUCGUGCCGUCUGGAAGACGUGGCUGUGAGGGUUUUGACGAGGGUCGUAGGACACUGUCCCCAUAGAAACCAGCUCCUGAUCGACUGCGGAUGGACGGGAAUCAGUUUGGACGGAGCUGGAAAGCUACCCUCUGGAUACGCCAUGAUCGAAGGCCAUCCAGACCUCAAGUUGUUGUCGAUGACUCAAGAGCAUGGGAGAGUGGAGCCCAUCUCAGGUCCAAUGGACUACAGCAAAUACCCCAUAGGAUCUCUGCUCACAUUGAUCCCCUAUCAUGUCAGUGUUGUGACUCUGUUGUGACUGAUAAUCAAGAUCGUGUGCAGCAGCCGCAAUGCACCCUGUGUACCAUGUGCACUCCGAGAGUCGCCUGCUGGGAAAGUGGACCCCCACCCGAGGGUGGUGAACCUCUGUCCAGACUUGCAUUUGAAGAAGCUGGAGAUGAGUCAACGUAAAGAAAACUACGAUUAUGAGAGAGGGAACGUUGCCUCAUUCCUUAUUACGUAGAUAGAUUGCAAUAAUAAAACUAGUAGUGAGUUAACAUGGCGAGCAGCAGUGGAAGCCCUGUUCACGACGUGCUGCCUCUAAAAGAGCAGUGGAAAUGUUUAUUUCCAAUAAAUCAAAAUCAGAACGAUUUAUAAAAGUAA